AUGUAUGAAGAGGGGCAUUUCUCCCAGGAGAAAUACUUCAAGCUUCUGGAAUGCAGACCAGAAAUAAACCAGGUCAUGUCCAUGUUAGAGAUGGUGACCAAGGAUGACGAGGUGUGCCGGAAGUUCAUCCAUGUUCUCCAGCAGGUCAAGGAUUAUUACUGCCCAGAACUACAAAACUGGAUGAGGAACACCUUCCCGGUCUACUUCAAGCAAACCCCUGGGUCAAUCGAAAAAGAAAAACCUGAGAAAAAAAGUACAUGGAGCAGAAUUAAGAGAAGCCUGAGUAGCAAACACACGUUCAAGUUGGAGCAACUGGACACACAAAGGAAUCCAUUGAUCAUAUUUUGCCAGCUGAAAGAGAGUCUGCGCUAUCACAAGCAUUCCAUUACAUUCCAAAAGAAGAAGAUCCAAGGGAACCUGGAUGCUUCCCGCAGCUGCUGUGAGCUGAUUGAGAUCAAGUACACCGAGCUUUUAAUCACCAAUGAAGACCCUGUGGAACUUCCUGACCAACACGAGUACUUUAUCCUUGCCAAUCGCCGUGCUCGCAUCUAUGCCCAUAACAAGCACCAAAAGAUCACUUUAGGGGACCUUCUAACUCCGAUGGCUUCUGAAUCAAAAACACCACGUAGAGUUCUUGUCACUGGGAUUGCUGGAAUUGGAAAGAGUCUGGCAAUGCAGAGGCUGAUCCAUGACUGGGCUAUAGGGAUGGUAUACAGAGAUAUCGCCUGCGCUGUACAUUUUGCACUGCGGGAGUUAAACUUAGCAAGAGGCCCGGUGAGCUUCAUUGAUCUUGUCAAGCGCAACCAUGUCCACUUAGAUGAUGUGGUGGAAAAACUAUGUCUAGAUCCCCGAAACCUCAUGAUUAUUCUCGAUGGUCUGGAUGAAUUUCAGUACUCCAUAAAUGAAGGGAAGGCUGUGAAGAGCAUCAGUGAUGCUGUACCCAUCAAAGACCUUGUUUUUAGCCUUAUCAAGGGAUAUCUGUUACCAGGGGCUUCUGUCAUGGUUACCAGCAGGCCACGGCCAUCCGUUCCACUUGAUGCUUUUGACCGUCGAGUGGUUAUUCUAGGAUUUGAGCAGGAGCAGGUGAGAGAGUACUGCUUCAGGUUCUUCAGAGACAAAGAACUAUCAGAGGAUGUCUUCCAGUAUAUAAUACAAAAUGAGAAUUUAUCAGGCAUGUCCUUCAUUCCACUCUAUUGCUUCAUCAUAUGCACCGCCCUCAGUUCCUUCUUUCAGUGUCGUGAGAAUGGCUCUUGCACUGAAAAGCCACCCCAGACUAUAACUGAGGUUUACCGUAGCUAUCUCUGCACCAUCAUGCAUCACCACAUGAGACAGUCCUCAAGCAGAGACAAUGAAACUGACUCGGAACCCAUUGUACUCUGCAGCCCUCCUAUCUACACAGCUAUGAAGGAUGUCCUUUAUCAACUGGGGAAACUGGCAUACUAUUCACUGUUAGAGAACAAAAUUCUCUUUUACCCAGAGGACAUCCAAAAGUAUGGGUUUCACCCUACAGAACUACCCGACAGCUUCUUGCAACGAAUCUUUGUGCCGGAAUCUGGGCAGCAGCGGGAGGUGUUUGCAUUCUUCCAUUUAACUCUUCAGGAGCACCUUGCUGCCCUCUACUGUGUCAUGUCUCUCACUCCCAUGGCAGAAGAGCUGACGCAAUGCCUUGAUCUCUGGUGCUUUGGAGUCAUACCUGAAGACCCAGUGCAAUGUGAGCUUCUAUCCACCACUCUGGAAAUACAGACAGACAACCAAUGGGAAAGGCUGCAGAUGUUCUCCAGGUUCUUUAUGGGUCUUCUCUGUUAUAGAAUAGAAGGGAAGCUGAAAGGGCUGGUAGAGUGCCUGAGCUGUGACAUCCUGGAUCCUCUGACAAUCUGGUUUAAAGGGAAAAUUAGAUAUGAAGUAAAUCAGAAGCUCCUCAAUCUGUUGCACUGCCUGAGGGAGCUCCAGCAGGAAACGGUGGUACGAAAUGUGGCCUCUGAGAUCGAUGAAGUCAAUUUUUUCAAGGUUACACUGAACCCCGCUGACUGCGCGACUCUAUGCUACGUUCUGCAGCACUGCAACACCAGCCUCAAGAUCUUAAACAUCGGCUAUGCCAAUAUUGGGAUCCAAGGGUUGCGGAUUCUACAGCUUCUAUUACAUCGCUGCCAAACCCUCUACCUUCGUUACAACUCUCUGACAAAGGAGGCCGCCAUGAUUGUGUCCAAGGUGCUGAAGUCUGACUGUGAAGUGAGAAGUCUCCUAAUGUGCGGCAAUAGCAUUGGCUCAGAAGGUGUGCGGUACCUGUGGGAUGCGCUCAGUAGUAACGACACCCUAGAGGAGCUUUAUGUAGACAUCACCGGCAUCACAGACAAUGGCCUGGACAACUUUGUUUCUUGCCUGACACACAAUUCCACUCUGCGGCUUCUAACGAUCGCUGGCAACAACCUGACAGAGAGUGGCAAACACCUUCUCGUGGAGCUGCAAGAGUUUAGGCAAGACCUGAAGAUCCUCCGGAGCUUUGCAGGGGACAUGGGGCUGCUCCAGGCGUAUUUGGACUGGGUGGAGGAUCUGAAGAAGGACCCGCAGCAGCUGGAGUCAGCCAAAAAUGCCAAUGCCCUGCGCAAUGUUCUGUGGGAGCUUGAGAAAGAGGAACCUGAGGUGGAAGAGAACAAUAUUAAAGCGAGGAUACUUCUCCUGAAGAAGGAAAUAACUGAACUCCUAGAGUCUUCUUCUGGGGUGGUAUGCUAAGAGAAGUCCAUCCAUUCCAAAAAAAGCAUACAAAAACAUACAAACUCUGAUACUUUAAGGGAGUUCUAGUGGCUCUGAAUCUGGGGUCUAAACCCAUUACCAAUCUAUAGGGGAGCUUUGGGUUGAUGUGCACCUAGCCCUAAUGUUCUAAUGCCCCCUGAUCAACUGAUCUAGGCCUCCACUGGUGAUGUCCUUUAACCCAACUAAGACUUCUACUGGAGAUAUCAUCAAGCCUCAAAGCAAGAAAUCUAGUCUGCUCCCCUUCUUUAUAAAAUCUAAAGGGCAGUCACAAGGGACAUCAGACACACCUUACCUGCGGGGUUGUGCCGAGUCCUCCCAUUACUUCUGGGAAUUACUCUCAACACAUAGGUUCCUACUAACUGCAGGUGCUAGAGGGGAGUCAGUAUACAGAACCUCCAUAACACAAUUCCAGCAGGCUCCAUGAUGGACGAAAUCCCAAGUAAAUCCUCGGAAACAGCUUUUGGCAAACAUUUCUUAAUCAACAUCAUUGUAGUUCUUAAUUUCCCAAAAUUCGGUUUUUGAAACACUUUGAAAAUGAAUUGACACUUCUAAUUGGGGAGAUAAAAUGAAUUUCCUGCCCACUCAAUUAUUACAACUCUGCUCCCCCAUUAAGUCUUUGAUAAAACCCUUGUGCAUAUUCCUCAAGCCUCACAAACUCAUGAAGAGUGAUGAUGUCAUUGCAGUGAUUACAUCAUUACACAUCUGUGCUUCUGGCAGCUCUAGAGUGAUCCACUGGCAGCUCAAAGUGGAGCCAAAGGAGAGUAGAGGCUUUUAAAGAAGAAGGAAAGCUACAGAGGCAGUUUAUUGUCAAUAGAUUAGCCACAAUAGUGCAAGCUAUAACACUA